CACACGUGAUAAUCAUGUGACUGAACAUAAACAUUGAAGAUGGCGGAUGUGACAGAAAAAGAACCGUUGCUCGGAGAUUCUAAGACUCCACAAGUAAAGCCUAAAUUUACCAAACAUUUGAUCCUGUCAAUAGUAGCAUGUACACUAGGCUCGUCAUUCCAGUUUGGUUACAAUACUGGGGUUGUCAAUUCUCCGGAGAAGGUAAUGAAGAGUUUUUAUAACGAAUCUUACCAUAGAAAAGAAGGUAAAUAUAUUGAGGAUAGUUUAUUAACGUUGCUAUGGGCGUUAACCGUUGCUAUGUAUGCUGUCGGUGGUAUGAUUGGUGGGGUUAGUGCUGGUUACUGGAGCAACAAAUAUGGUAGGAGAGGUGCUUUAUUACGUAACAAUGUUAUAGCAGUAAUGGCUGCUGGUCUGUUGGGUUUUUCGAAAAUGGCUGAUUCGUAUGAGAUGUUGAUUGCUGGAAGAUUUGUAGUUGGAAUUAAUGCAGGAAUAAAUACAGGUAUUGUUCCAUUAUAUCUGUCUGAGAUUGCACCAAUAGAAUUACGGGGAUUUUGUGGAACGUUCAAUCAGAUGUCUAUAACAUUUGGUGUCGUUAUUUCACAACUGCUUGGUUUAGAUUUUAUAUUAGGCACAGAUGAACUAUGGCCGCUAUUAUUAGCCUUAACAUUAGUACCAGUUCUAUAUCAACUAUGUGUUUUAACAUUUUGUUGUGAAAGUCCCAGAUAUCUCAUGUUAACAAAACAUGAUGAACAAGCUGCAAGAAAAGCUUUAAUGUGGUUUAGAGAAACGACGAAUGUAAAUAGUGAAAUGGAUGAGAUGAGAUCGGAAGCUGUGGAACAAAUACAUCGGAAAAAAUUUUCUGUUGGUGAUUUAAUAAAAACAAAAGAGUUACGUACCCCUCUGAUUAUCAGCAUGGUUCUACAACUGUCUCAACAAUUUUCUGGUAUCAAUGCUGUUAUAUAUUAUUCCACAGAUAUUUUCACAUCAGCAGGACUAGCUCGCAGUACGGCAGAAUACGCCACUUUAGGGGUCAGCGUAGUUAAUGUUUCCAUGACCUUUGUCUCUGCCUUUUUCAUGGAUCGACUGGGCAGACGGGCAUUACAUUUAGCCGGGCUAGGUGGAAUGUUUGUAUUUACAGCAGUACUUACUGUAUCAAGAGUAUUUCAGCCUUCCCAUCAUUGGUUAUCGUUUAUAUGUAUAUUGGCUGUAGUUUUUUAUAUAAUAUUUUUCGCUAUUGGACCAGGAUCUAUACCAUGGUUUAUUGUAGCUGAAUUAUUUACACAGGGUCCACGAACAGCAGCUGUUAGUGUAGCUGUACUUGUUAAUUGGUUGUCAAAUUUUGUUGUUGGUUUUGUUUUCCCUAUUCUACAGAGUGCAAUAAGUGAUUAUUCGUUUGUACCGUUUGUGGUUCUGUUGGCAUGUUUUUGGUUAUUUACCUAUAUAAUGUUACCAGAAACAAAAGGAAAAACAGUGGAAGAAAUUGCUGCGUUAUUUUUACCAAAAUCGUUGCAAGAAAGCCUGACUGUGGAUGGAGUUGAAUCAGAAAGAGCUAUAAUUAAUUAAGAUUACUGAUAUGUGAUAAAUCUAUUUCCAAAUGUGACUAUCAAAUGUUUGUCCGCGCAAAGACAUUUUUGCUAAUAGCAAUAUUUAUUUAUCGUAACACGAUUUAUGAAAUCUAACAACUGAGAUGCAAUGAAACACAAGCUUUGCAGUUUCUUACUGAUGUGAGCAGAACAGUAGGACGUUAAACCCCAUUUCAUUUCUUAUUGAUGUAUUUGAUACAUUAAAUCAACAAAAGUUUUAUAAAGGGCUAUAUUUUAGUUAAAAUAAGGCAAACCAUUUUGAGUAAAUUCUUAAAUUAAAGCCUGAGAAUACAUUCUAAAAGUGGGGCCUGGUAUUCAUACCAUCUUGGAAUAGCAGUAUGGCACAUUCUCUGAGUUUAGGUGUCAACUUUGGUAUAUUGUUUCGUCUUCCAAAAAACUGCAGUAGUAUCGAGUAUCGACCCCCAGAUGUCUGCACCAUAAAAUCAUGAUUUUAAACAUUCCAUUGAAAUUAAUAUUUUGCGUUGUAAAGAAAUUGAGUUGUGGUGGGUUUACACAAUCGUGAAAACAACAUUCUCAGGUACUUUCUGAAUUUCAAGAUUUUAAGUGUAUCUUUCAAACAUUUAAAAACAGUAUAUUUUCAUUGUAUCUCAGUAUAUGUUGUGUGUAUAUUACAUUUUUAUUGUAAUACAAUUCUUUUCCUGGUGUUGUCAGAGUGACGUUAGCCUUGAUGUUCGCAUACCAUUUUUCAAAUAAUGUAUGUAUCGUACAAUAUAUAUACUUUCAUGAAAUAUUAGACUCUUGUGAUGAUUUCAUUGAAAUACAGAUAUUGAAUCUUUAUUUCAAGUUGUUUAAUAGUCUUGAUCGAAUAAGGCAUUGUGUAAUAUAUUGAUACAACCCUUGGACUGACAUAUCUCAGGUUAAAGCUACAAUUUCAUAUUUUUAAAAUUUAUUAAAAUAAAGCCUUAAAAUAGAUGGUAUCCAUAAACUGUCCUACCUUGUUAAAGAAUAAUCCUAUUAAUCCUAUAAUUCACUAUUGCCAGCUGAGAAAUUGGCAAAAAUAUCAUUUUCAACUUCAAAUUCCAAUGUUUGAAAGUAGCUAAUGCAUGGAGGCAAUAGGAAAACAAGGGAGGUAAUUUUGUUAUUAUUUCCUGUGUCAAUGAUUUUUAAGGGUGGGAAAUAAUGCCCAUGGUCGUAUAAUAGUGAGUUGAUAACCUAUUGAGCAAAAGACAUAGAAAUAAUUAUGUUUUGACUUUCUUAGAAAAUAUGAAAUUCUCGCUUUAAAAAAGAAAACCCCAAAUUAUCAUUUUUAAUCACAAUGGGCGUCCUCGCUGAGGGAAUCCCCACCAGACGUCGUUAGUAAAAACUUGGUUCCAUGUGACCUUAUCGAUGGUAAGACAACCGUAUUUCAACGUAUCGUGAUUAAAUUCCAUAUUAACAACAAAAACUAACAUUUGUCAUCACACCAGUUUGUAAUGAAUGUACAGGAAAACAAUGCUAUAAGGUAAACAAUGAGGUCACAUGGGACUGUCUCUUCUAUGGUGUCACCUAUAAAUUAUGCCCCUUUAUUUCUAGCGAGGACGCCCAUUGUUUAAGUCCGACAUUUAGUGAUCUCCACACACAAUGGAACAUAUCUCAGGUUAAAAAAGAAAACCCCAAAUUAUCAUUUUGUGGCCUCCACACACAAUGGAACAUAUCUCAGGUUGAGAAAGAAAACGCAAAAUUAUUAUUUUUAAUCAAACAAUUGUUUAAGUCUGACAUUUUGAGGCCUCAAAAUGGAACAUAUCUCAGGUUAAGAAAACCCGAAAUUAUUUUUAAUCGAACAAUUGUUUAAGUUCGACAUUUUGUGGCCUCCACACACAAUGGAACAUAUCAUUUUUAAUCAUACAAUUGUUUAAGUCCGACAUUUUGUGACCUGUCAAAAAAUGGCCUAUAAAUACUCACGCAUCUUGCCAAUAUAUAUUGAUGUUUAUUUGUGACAUUUAAAUGACAUGUUUAGUUUAAUUGUUUUUUCUGUAUUUAUAUUAAUUCAUGUAAGAUGCAUUUAAUAAAUUAAAUUUAUUCAAA